CUUAGUAUUGAUUUGUUUACCAGGAUUGGGAUGGGAGAAUUGGAUAUUGCUCUAUAUUAUUAUACUGCAUAUAUCUCGACAACCUUGUCAAGACUGAAAACGAUUUGGAGAUAAUAAUCGUACCUAAUUACCACCUUCCGUGUUGAGGUGUUUAUCAGUUAAUCGUGCCAGGCAAACUUUAGCCCCUGGAAGUUUAGGGGUCUUUUAAGCUUAAUUACCUGUGUAGCGAGACGUUUUAUCGAUUGCAAAGUCCUUCCGUGAUUCGACACACUGGAUAUACGAUCUUGUAACUUGAUAAGAAUAAAAAAAAUGUGCAGUGAGACUAAAAUGUGUGUCAGUUGUACGGAUAUCACGAUGCAAAGAUUUAAAACCGCGUAUCGUACUUUGGUGAAAGUGAUGACAAGUUAAAAAGUAUAAUAGAGAAGAAUAUUUGCCAGUCAUGUAUGGGAUAUUGCAAACUGUUUAUCAGGCGAGUUCUACGGCAUGGAAGGCGGUAAGCUGGAGGCUAUGCCUCCUGGAUUGGUCCAUCUGGACACAGUAAGGGCCUUGCAUCAGACUGUAGUCUCUCUUCGUACUGCCUUGGAAUUGUCUAAGGGUGAACUGAAGGAAUUAAAAGAAAAGUACAAAGAACAGUCACGGUGUUUAGAACACACUGAUAUUAUAGAGCAGCUUACUAUUGAAAAUCACAUUUUAAGAAGGAAAAUUAGUGAUGGUGAAAGUCCACAAAACAUUAAUUAUUUAAACAGUCCCAAUGUUAAAGAAUACAGUGAUGUAUAUGUAAGAACAGCUACUGCUGAGAGUAUAGAAGACAUAGAACAGCUACAAGAACCCCAAUUUGACAAUAAGCUAGAGGAAAUUAUUGAAGAGACAUCAAUAUCAAAUCAAUCAGAGACAUCAGAAAAUAAGGAAGUACCAAAAAGUGAACUAAAAGUAAUAGAUAAAGCAAAUUUUAAAACUAAACUAGAAUUAUCAUCAAAAUUUGAUGUUAAAAUUAAAGUAACAACAUUAAAAGAAGGUUUGUCUACAACUACCUCUGAAACAGAUUCAACCAUUGAAGAAAAAGUAAAUCCAACUGCUGAUACAGAAUUUGAAGAAAAAAGAGAACAUUUUGAAAAGUUUGAAACUCCUAGUGGUGAUAUUGUGAAUAUUAGGACUGUGUCAAGUGAGAAUAUAAAAAUGGCUGUUCCCAGUGAGUUAGAUAACAAAAAAGAUAAAUUUGAUGUUCAGGUGAAGAUUACUUCAGAGGAUAAUGUUAUUGUUAAAGAAACUCUGGAGAAAGCCAAAAGAAAGGAGACUUUUAACUUAGAUGUGGAUACUUUGAGCCUCAGAUCAAUGUCAGAAGGAGAUAACUCAGUGUUCUCUGAAGGAACUACACCAAUGGAGAACAGUGCUCUAGAUGAGAAGCAGGAUCAAGAAAAUAGUGGGAACGAGUCGGAAGAAGUUGAUGAUAUAGAACUGAUAUUUACCACAGAUGAGUCAAAGGAUAUUAGUAAUUUGCAGGAGGAUCUCGUCUCGAUACGUGAUGCAGAUCACUGGACCCCCGGUUCAGCGUCAACACACUCGACCCCAGUACUCAUAAAAUUCCAUACUCUCGAUCCGGACUUUCAAUCUGGCCCAAUGACAGCCAACAAGAGCCUCGACCAACUGAAAAUGAAGAGAGUCUCUCUGCCAAACGACAAGGAAUUUAAACAUAAGGGAAGUUUAGAUUUGCCUGGACGCGGUAUUUUGAAAAGUUUUAACAAUAAGUCCGAUAAUAUGUUGUAUAGAAGAAGUCCAAAUGCGAGCACUAGAAGGUUGGACAGCGUAGGCAGUCUAGACCACACGAAGUCCUCCAGCUUUGAAUUAGGCUCCAGUAUGGAUAUCCUUCAUCGUGAAGCUAGCGUGGAUAGUGUUCGAUCGAGAUUUGAUAGAUUCUCAGUGUUUGCGGAAACUGAUAUAUCGAAAUGUGGUAUUUCUGAAGAUGACUUGGCUGCGAAUCUCAAUUUGAGGAGGAACACGUGCCCCAACCCGUAUCAGUACAGAUUACAACCCUCUCGUUUUUCGUCACGCACACCAAAACCAAUUGCGGGACGGGUUCGACCCAUCCUUCGCGAAAGUUACGCCCCGCGCAGAGAGGGUUCCGCUCAAACAGACAUGUCCGCCUUACCACCUAGAUGGACCUCAGAUGGAUAUCUGGCUUAUAAGAUGUCUCCUCCACCCUGCGUUGUGCCAACUUUGCCCCAACGAGCCAGUCCCGCCCGACGUCUUACGAUACCAGAGAAAGCUCCCAUUCAACGCCGUUCUGAUGAAGCAAGGCGGGUUCUACUCAGCGACAUUGGAUUCACAUCAAUGGUACCAGAAUUGUCACGCUCAGCUGAACCAUUGUGGACUCUACGCAGAGCCCAACAAUCAUCAGAUAACAGGUACACCCGUGGAUCAUACCGUUCGCCCAGUGCGAGUGUCGAGCGAAGUUCAGAGUGGACUCCGCACCAGCGUCACACUUCACGUGGUGAGUGUAUGUCCUGGCGCGGAUCUCUACCGGAUGUCCGGGAUGACACAGAUACUCUACUCAGGGAUACUGAGAUAUUCUUACGUCGAUCCAUUGACAAUUUGCGCUCUACGUCACUCGAUCUGGACGCACCGUUUGAGAGAACAGGUCAGCCUUACAUCCCCGGUGAGCCGAAACAAUUGCGCUUGGGGCAUACUGUUAAACUCAUUACUCCGCAAGGCAGAUUGGCUGUAGGCAGAGUCAGAUACGUGGGCAUAGCCGGUGGAACUGCCGCGAACAGCGGCAUUGUUGUAGGCGCUGAAUUCUCCUGUAUGGAGUAUCCGGGACUCCCCCGUAACGACGGUACAUACCGGGGCAGACGAUACUUCCUUACCCCACCUCAAUAUACUGCCGUAUUUGUUCCAUUCUCUAAAAUAGUAAUGGCAUGGGCUAAUUAAAAUCAUAUUUGCAUAUAUGGCAUCGAUUCCGGAUCGAAGGACCAUCGCUUUUAGAAUCCGUACAGGAUCUUGUGAGUAUAACAGAAAUUGAUAAUAUUACAAAACUAAAGUGCUCAUAUUCGUCUGUCAAAUUAUAAGGACAAGAGUGCUUUAAGUAAUCAAAAGUUAUUUGCGAUAAGGAGUACUAAAACUACUAUACGUUGUUCUGUAUAAUAUUUUAACAGAUUAGGUUAAUAAACAAAGUAUGAAUGUAUCGACUACAGCGCCAUCUGCCGGGCAGAUUUGGAAUCUUAAUCAUCCAGGGCUCUACCCAAAUGCAUACAAAAAAGCAUUAAAAUCGGUCAAGCCGUUUCAGAUGAGUUCAGUGACGUACACACGUACAGUUGAGUUAUAAGGAUAAUGUAGUACAUUAUAUGAAAAAUCUUGAACGUAAUAUCUUUCUCAAAUCUCUUGUAAAUUUGUAUAUACGUGAAAUACUAAAAAUGAGUAUGAUAUUGUAUUUUCGACUCGGGAGUCAAAGGAAAAUUUAAAUAAUUUUCCGAUUCGGUAAAAAUUCGGUACUAAAUUUUUAAGCGAAAUAUUGGAAAGUAAAGUAAUUUUAAGAACGAAAGAUAAUCUUAAGAUCUUAAAUAGAUCCUAUGUAAGAAAAAAUCGCUCACCUUAUUACUAAGGCCUAAUAUCGAAAAGGUAUUUCUAAUAGAAAUACCAAUAUUUCAUUACUUUACAGGCGUCUUGUGACUAGGAGGUUUACGGGUGUAGUGUUUAUCGUGUUUAACAAUAUAUUACAGGAACAAAGACUAAUACAAAAUAUCGCGCUUUUUUGAAUAACACAUUUCUGAAUGUGUUAUCUUUCCACAGUCUACAUUUAGAUCCUUUAAUUGCUGAUAGCCUGGUACAUUCACGUAAUACAUCAAAAUUCAUUUCUUCAAACCAUAAACUUUGUCCUUGAUUCUUGUCCUUCAAUCCAGCGAUGGUACUCUGUAAAUGACAGUAAAAAAAAUAUCUGGACUUUUUGUACCAGUCGUACCAAUAUUGCGACAUCAGUACAUUGUAGAGACCGCGUCUCCCCGCGCGCCGCAGCCCUCAUCAAGUACCGCCCCCGUACCGUCCUGUAUCAGCAGGGCGCGAACCAACACAACACCUGAAGGGGGCAUACGCCCCGAACAGGGAAAAACACCCCCCUCGCGAGGGAGGGUGUAGCAUUAACUCCACAUUUUUUUUAACAAUAUAAAAAUAAGGUACGGUAACGUUGCCUCGGUACAUAAAAAAAUCUGGUCUUCUUUUAUUCAUCAUUGAAUAAACUAGAUGGCGCUUUAAAUAAUUAACUUGCACUUGCUUGUACGAGUUCAGUAUAUAUUAAAGGAAUUGAUCAAUUUUAAUAUGUAGGUAUAAGUUUGCAGGUGUUAAUUUGCGAAAAUCUCCUAGUCAACAAAUCUAAUUUUAUAUGGAUUUUCGAUGUAUUUUCAGUGAGAAUUACUAGAAGUUACUUCGUUUAGGUAACAUUUAU